AUGUCGACAAAUUCCACAGCCCCUCGUCCUCCUUACGCUUUCUCCCUCGGUACAGACGACGAACUCGACGUAUACGCCGGUGUGAACGCCGCCGCGUUCAACGGACCGGUGAUCCACGCCCUUUUCCCCGGUCUAGCCACAGACCCGGAGGGCUACUACGCGUACCGCAAGGCGGCGAAUCUAAAGGCUUUCAAGGACCCUAAUCUUUACUGGGGAAAGGUGACCCGAACCGACACGGGCGAGGUCGUCGCGGUCGGGAGGUGGUCCUAUCACGACGGGAAAUAUGCGCCAGAGCCGGCUAGCGCGGACGAGGGGCCGCAGCCGCAGUGGGAGGGGGCGAACGACGCGUUCUGUGAGCUGUUCUUUGGCACGUUGGAUCGUCAUCACCAGGCAAAUGUCGGAGAUCGACCACAUUAUGUCCUCCAGAUGCUUGGCACAAAACCUGAAUACCAAGGUCGUGGCGCUAUCUCACCCAUCAUCCGGCAUGUGCUUGACGAAGCGAAGCGGAAUAAUUUGCCGACGUACAUCGAAGCAUCUCCGGCGGGUUUGCCAGUGUAUAAACAUUUUGGAUGGAAGGAGUUGCCGAGCAUUAUACGUAUACCGCUUCCAUCUGGAGAGACGGUCGAAUUGGUGCCGAUGCUGCGCGAAGCGGAAUCGUAG